GAAGCUUGUACUUGUGCAAGGCCAGCCUUGGAAAUUUUAUUGACUUAUCUAACCUAUAGCAACCUCACUGGCAACUAGAUGCUAUCAUCACCAUAUUAGCAUCAUUCGCAAUGUUGUGCGCUCUUUCCGGUGAAGCUCCCCAAGAGCCUGUCGUUUCCAAGUUAUCAGGCGCGCUUUUUGAGAAGCGAUUAAUCUUAAAAUACAUCGAGGAGAAUGGAAAAGACCCGGUGAGCGGAGAAGAUCUUACUGCCGACGACCUCCUCCCCAUCCAAUCUUCUCGCGUUGUACGACCCCGACCACCUACUCUUACAUCCAUACCCGCCCUUCUCUCUACCUUCCAGAAUGAAUGGGACGCUCUUGCGCUAGAAACCUACAACCUAAGGGAGCAAUUAUCGCGAACACGAGAAGAACUCGCAACGGCCCUGUACCAACACGAUGCUGCUGUUCGAGUCAUUGCGAGAUUGACGAAGGAGCGCGAUGAAGCUAGGGAUGCUUUAUCCAAGGUGACCGUGUCGGCGGGCGGCGCGAGUAAUGGUGAUGCUAUGGCUGUUGAUGCGGAAGCGUUGCCUGAAGAACUCGCAGCUAAAGUGGAUGAGGCACAAGCAAAGCUAUCCAAAAGCCGAAAGAAGCGACCUGUUCCCGAAGGAUGGGCAACAACCGAAGACAUUGCUUCAUUUGCCGUCGAUACCACGAAUUCGUUACCCGUCCCUCAAGCUACAACAGUCACUGUCGAGGAAGGCUACGCUGCUAUUGGCGGAUUACAAGGCGACGUUGCGAUCUAUUCGGUUGAUUCGCACAAGGUCGAACGUUCUUUACAAGUCAAUGAACCCGUAACCGAUUCGAUAUGGCAUGGUUCCAGGGUCUUCUUCUCUACCUCUAAAGGUUCCGUGAAGGUCUUUGAAAAUGGUAGUGAGAUUGCCUCGUUUACAGAUCAUGCUGGCCCUGCUACUGGUCUUGCGAUUCACCCAAGCAAAGAGAUAUUGGCGUCUAUUGGUUCUGACAAGAGCUUCGUCUUCUAUGAUCUGGCCAAUUUGCGCCGAGCCACACGAGUGUACACCAAUUCUGCUCUAACUGCUUGCGCAUUCCAUCCUGAUGGCCACCUCUUUGCCGCUGGGACUAGUUCUGGAGAGAUCAAGCUCUUUAUGACUAAGACUGGGGAGGAAGCAGCUGCUUUCUCUCUAGGAGCACCCGUACAGGCUAUUACUUUCUCCGAAAACGGCUUCUGGUUCGCUGCCACAGCAAAAGGGCAGACUACGGUGACCAUAUUCGACUUGCGUAAGGAAGGUGAGGCUGCACAAGCCAAAGUAUUAGACAUUGGUAGUGCGGUACAGAGUUUGGCAUGGGAUUAUUCGCAACAAUUCCUUGCAACCGCUGGCCCGGCUGGAGUAACAGUGCAACAGUACAGUAAAGGUUCUAAAUCUUGGUCCGAACCGUUACGAGCAGCGGUUAGUGCAGUCGAUAUUAAAUGGGCCGCCAACGGAAGCAAGCUAGUGGCUGUCAAUGGUGAUGGUGUAAUCAGUGUUCUUACCACCAAAGAGUCAUGAUUUAGGCCAAUGGUGUCGUUUAGGCAACAAAACUCGUUACACAUGUGAUCGGAAUCGGCAGAGAAAAGGUUUAUAGUCAGCCAAAAUAGGGCCAGGGAGUAACUCAAGCUUCAUCUUUGUACAUUAGGAAAGCAAGUGGUGAAUAAUUAUGAUACCUUUUCAUAUGAAUUUGAAGUCGGCAGCUUCUGAUACGCCGUAUAUGCAGUUGGCGUAUUAAUACUAUAUUCGGUUGCAUGAA